AAAGAAGAACAAUAGCAGCUAGAUAAGAAGAUAUGGGUUUGACUCGGGGAUUUUCUAGUGUUUUCUUUUUAAUUUUAUUGUUUGCAUCAGUCUCAAAAGCUCACGAGCGCCGCAUCAAGAUUUUUGACGUCAGAAAAUAUGGUGCAGUUGCAGAUGGCCGAAGAGACAACACAAAGGCAUUUUUGAAAGCUUGGGACGAGGCAUGUAAAUGGCGGGGGGGAAAGGCCAGGGUUUACAUACCAGGUGGAACAUUUUUUUUAAACUCGGUGAAAUUUUUUGGUCCAUGCAAGAGCACAAUCCAGUUUUUAAUUAAAGGGACUUUGAAAUCUCCUAGUAAUCUGAAAAGGAUGGAGAGAGAUCGAUGGAUAACUUUUAGACAUGUCAAUCGGUUGGUCGUCACCGGCGGCGGCAUAUUAGACGGUCAAGGAUCCUCUGCCUGGAACAUAAAUACUUGCCACAAGGAACCUAACUGCGGGGAAUUUCCAGUUUCUGUGAGAUUCGAGUUUAUCACAAAUUCAAAGGUGUAUAACAUUAGAUCACUCGAUAGCAAAACCACCCAUUUCCUGAUGUUCGGCUGCAGCAACGUCAACAUAAGCAAUGUCGUAAUAUCAGCCCCCGGAGACAGCCCCAACACCGACGGAAUCAAAAUCGGAGCCUCAACCAAGAUCAGAAUUUCCCAUUCUCGGAUUGGCACCGGCGAUGACUGUGUUGCCAUUCUCCCUGGAAGCUCCAACAUCAACAUUUCUGAUGUGUUUUGCGGCCCUGGCCACGGCAUUAGCGUUGGAAGCCUUGGAAAGUAUCCGAAUGAGGAUAAUGUUUAUGGAUUGAUUGUAAAAAACUGCACACUCAGUCGCACGACAAAUGGUGUAAGGAUUAAAACAUGGGGCUCUUCUUUGGCCAGUGUUGCUGCAGGGCUUACAUAUCAAGACAUUUUCAUGGAUAAUGUGGCGAAUCCCAUCAUCAUCGAUCAACAGUAUUGCCCACAAGCUAAAUGUCGACGGCUUCCCUCGCAUGUCCAAAUAAAAGACAUAACAUACAAAAACAUAUGGGGAUAUUCCAGCACAAAAGUUGCAGUGAAAUUUGAUUGCAGCACGAAGUUUCCAUGCAAGAAUGUAGUUCUGAGUGAUAUCAAUCUAUCUCACAAAGGCUCCCAUGAUGUUGCAGUUUCAGAGUGCUAUCAUGUUAGUGGAGCCUCUUAUGGCCAACAAACCCCACGUUCCUGUAUAUAGUCCUUCAUGUCGAAGUGGUUUUUUUUUUUUUUUUAAAUCUGGAAGAAAGAUAUAUUGGAUUUGCAAUAUCACAUCACAUUCAGAUUAACUUAAUUGUAGAGGAAAAUUUUAUAUUCAUAACAAAG